AUGCUACCGCCUUCAACACUCCUUCAACUCCUCAUAAUCAUCACCGCAAGGCGGGCCUUUGCGCAGCUCAAGCCUACGACCCCAGGCCCGAACGAAACGUAUACAGCGGGGUCUUCCUGUAAUAUUUCAUGGGCUGUUGAUACUUCGGGAACUUGGAAGAAUGUCACGAUAGACCUCAUGUCGGGAUCAAACAACAACAUGAGCUUGGUCAAGAACGUCGCAAGUGCACUAGACGGAACUGACAAGUCCUUAACCCCGUAUUCGUGGAAAUGCCCUGAGGUGGAUCCGUACUCUGCGAUUUACUUCUAUCAGUUUACGAAUGGAGAUGACAUCUCGACGAGGACUUGGACUACUCGAUUCACGAUCGCGUCAUCCUCGAAUAAGACUGUAGCUCCAGAGAACCCGUCGCAACCCAACGGAGACAGCAUACCUUGGGGAAUAGGUCACAUUAAAGAAGUGGAGUCAUCGAACUCCACUUCAAGUACAGAUAACGAGAUUGCUUCGCCGACGACACCUGCGUCAGCAUCACCUUCUGCAACAAUGGUCAGCUAUAGGAAGAAACCUCAUGGUCACAAAGGGGACUCAGAUGAUCAGUCCGAAUCCUCAGGCGACGUUGGCGAGGAAGACGGAAGUGACGAUAGCGACCAUGACUCCACCUCAAAGACCCAACCUGCGAACGUCGCCGGAGCGAAGUCCUCUGCAGCACGAGCAACAGCCAUAGCUCACACUCACGAUUCCUCUUCCGGAAACAACUCUGACGCAGACGGAGACGACGGGGACGACAGUUCAGACGACUCAAGCAGAGACAAGAAGCAUAGCUACGACUCCGGUGAAACUGAUCAAGCUGAGCAGCCCAUGCGUGAUCCGGCUCCGCAGUAUAAGGAUUCUGGCGCUGCUGAUGCCGCUGAUAGCACCAACUCCGCUAAUGGUCGGUGUGGACACUUGGCUGAUAGUAAGAAUCACGCCGGUGGUCGAAAUUUGUUGUCUGGGAUUCGGAGUUUGAUGGCAGCUUCUGUUUUCUCCGCACUUGCUUUGACUCGCUUGUAA